AUGAAGGAUAUGAACGUGUGGAUGAUUAUGAACGACGACCUGGACCUGAUCAUAGGGACCUGCAUGGCCACCUACACCUUCUGUACUAGAUGGAUGAACGAGAGCUCAAUCCAGACUAAGUCCACAGGACCGUCCUUAAGGGUAAGUAACUCUAAUAUCGGGGCUAUAAGGGUGACCCUAUAUACGCGCAGACGCUUAAACGUCAACAACGUCGUGCUUAAGCUCGGGCAUAACAACAUCAUCGCCGAGUGGUUCUGCGGCUCCAGCAUCGCCAAGUUCGUGUACAUCGUGACCGGCGUGUUUCCCGUCGUGGAUCGGCUUGAACACGGGCUCCCGGAUCAUACCCACCAUCAUAGGCUCGCACAUGCGCACUUGUCUGCUAACGACGAGGUCCUUGUCCUUGGCCUCGACCGUAUGCGCGUGGCCAAUGACCGCGAUCUAGCUGCACAUCAUGUGAAUGGUCACGCCGUCGCUAUCGUCCAUGCUCGUCUCCAAGUUCUCCUCCGAGACUGA